UAUUGUACUGCACUGUCCUGAGCUGUGAGCUCUCUACCACGUUCUCCUCCUGCCUGCACCUCAAGAAAGUCUUUUUUUAUAUACGCACACGGACAUCAAGGCCUCACUCCUGGUGACCAUGUCUGCAAAUAACAACAUCGUGCACGUCAGGAAGAUGGUGGAGCAGCUCCGUGUGGAGGCCAGCCGAGACCGUAUCAAGAUCUCGAAGGCUGCUGCCGACCUGAUGCACUACUGUGUGCAGCAUGGCCGCACCGACCCUCUCCUGGUCGGGGUACCCACCUCAGACAACCCCUUCAAGGAGAAGACACCCUGCUGUCUCCUCUAAUGCCAACGACCCUCACACCACCCUCCAUGCCAACCAAGGUGCCAAUCAUCCAACCCAAUGCCAAUCGGAUCCUCUAGUUUGUCCCAGCGACCCCAUCCUGGUCGAGUCACCAAGAGCACCCCUUCAAGGAGAAAACAUCUUGCUGCAUCCUCUAACACCAACGACCCUCACAACCACCCCAGUGCCAAUCACCCAUUGAUGGCAAGGUGCCCAUCGUAGUCCCAGCGACCCUCUCCUGCUCAAGGUGCCAAGAGAACCCCUUCAAGGAGAAGACACCCUGCUGCAUCCUAUAAUGCUAAUGACCCACCACAGUGCCAACCACCCACCACAGUGCCAUGUGCCCAUUGCCAAGGUGCCAAUCGUAGUCCCAGCGAGCGAUCCUCUCCUCCUCAAGGUGCCCAUCACAACCAACCCAGUGCCAAUCGCUGGACCACUAGACCUGAGCAGAGAGAGAGAGAGGGAUGGGGGUAGAGAUGUCAAAAGUAAAAGUAAGAAUAUACUUAAAUUUAAGAAACAGAUUCUUUCCAACAGAGGUAACUUAUCUGAGUAACCGAUAAUAACAUAGUCUAUCUCCUUAUGUUCAAUGGGGUAAAUGGUGUAACAGCGAUGUAAUAUCAUGUGCUGAUGUUGUGCUUACACCAUGAAUUUACUUUUACUUAUCUUUACUGCCCCAUACCACCCACCAGUGCCAGUCAACAUCCCUCUUUACUGUAAGUGUGCUGUGUUGUGUGUGUUUUUGUGGUGUAGUAGGCUACUUUGUUUUGUAAGAUCUUGCAAGUUGGUGCUCUAUUCACUGUAUCACAUGUCCAGCCACUUGUUUGUGCUUUGUUCCCAAACGCUGUAUGUUCAUCUUUAUAAACGACAAGAGGGACUAUUUCCAAACUUGACCUAUUGGCCUUUUGACCUUUUCUUUGUUGGCAGGGUGACAUGUCAUUAUUUUUACUGUUUUCAUCCACAAUAAAACACUAUCUGUG